CUAUCUUAUUUAAAAAAAAAAAAAAACUCGCUUCCUUCACGCGCUUUAACCAACUACCGCACUCCAUGUAAAUGGUCGUUGAAGCGUUUCGAUUUCCGAUCGAAGUAAGGGAGCUGAAGUCAACGCUCAUUCUCUGAAAGUCUCCGUUCUUAGCUUUAACCAUUUUACCAUAGGAAGUAACGAAGAAGAAGAGAGGAUUGGAGGACCUAGUGUGGUUUUCAAAGGUCAAUUCCGGUCGUUUUCUGCCCGUAAAUUUGACAAGACUCAAAGGCCGUCUUCCACUUUCGUACAGCGGAAUAUUAAAUCACAUCACAGACGGAAUCCUGGAAUUUGAUUCAAAGUGUUGAUAGAAGAGAGCCGGAGAGUUUAGGUUUGGGUGAAGAAGAAGGAGAUGGAGAACUAUUUGAACGAGAACUUUGAUUUGAAGGCGAAGAACUCAUCGGAUGAGGCGCUCCAGAGAUGGAGGAAGCUCUGCUGGGUUGUCAAGAAUAAGAAACGGAGGUUUCGAUUCACUGCUAAUCUCGAGAAGCGUUCCGAGGCCCAGACUCUUCGACGCUCUAAUCAGGAGAAGUUUAGACUUGCAAUCUUGGUUUCGCAAGCUGCACUUCAGUUCAUCCAAGGUAAGAAUCUUCAUCAACUUGGUUUAAAGUUGGUUAUGUUUAUAAAACAAAAAACAGCACAGUUCUGUUUUAUUCAUCUUUUUAUAUGUUUUUCAAAUUUGAUCCAACCUUCUCUGUGUGCAGGACUAAAAUUUUUCAGUGAUUACACUGUACCUGAGGAAGUCAAAGCUGCAGGUUUUCAAAUUUGUGCUGAUGAGUUGGCAUCCAUUGUUGAAGGUCGUGAUGUGAAGAAGCUCAAAAUGCAUGAUGGUGUUAUGGGUCUAGUAGGCAAGCUUGGAACAUCAAUUGUCGAUGGCAUUUCAACCUCUGAGCAAUUGAUCAAUGCAAGAAAGGAAACUUAUGGAGUUAAUAAGUUCACUGAGAGCCCAUCUCGUGGAUUUUUACUAUUUGUAUGGGAAGCCCUUCAAGACACCACCCUCAUGAUACUUGGAGUUUGUGCCUUUGUCUCUCUGCUUGUUGGGAUAAUGACAGAAGGAUGGCCAAGGGGUGCCCAUGAUGGACUUGGAAUUGUUGCGAGCAUUUUGCUUGUUGUAUUUGUGACUGCUACUAGCGAUUAUAAGCAGUCUCUGCAGUUCAAGGACUUGGACAAGGAGAAGAAAAAGAUUACAGUUCAUGUUACUAGAAAUGGAUUCAGACAGAAGUUGUCAAUAUAUGAUUUACUUCCUGGUGACAUUGUUCAUCUCAAUAUUGGAGAUCUGGUCCCAGCUGAUGGACUUUUCGUUUCUGGCUUUUCUAUGCUGAUAAAUGAAUCCAGCUUAACUGGAGAGAGUGAACCGGUUAAUAUUAAUGAUGUAAAUCCUUUUCUCCUCUCUGGAACUAAAGUUCAAGAUGGAUCCUGCAAGAUGCUUGUGACUACUGUUGGAAUGAGAACCCAGUGGGGUAAAUUGAUGGCUACUCUUACUGAAGGUGGAGAUGAUGAAACCCCCUUGCAGGUGAAACUAAACGGUGUGGCAACUAUCAUUGGUAAAAUAGGCCUGUUUUUUGCAGUAGUGACAUUUGCUGUAUUAGUUCAAGGAUUGUUCAGCCGCAAGCUUCAAGAAGGAUUAGUAUGGUCCGGAGAUGAUGCAUUGGUAAUUUUGGAAUUUUUCGCUAUAGCUGUUACAAUUGUAGUUGUUGCCGUUCCUGAAGGUUUGCCUUUGGCUGUAACAUUAAGCCUUGCUUUUGCCAUGAAGAAGAUGAUGAACGAUAAGGCACUUGUCCGACAUUUGGCUGCUUGUGAGACAAUGGGAUCUGCCACAACUAUCUGUAGUGACAAGACUGGAACACUAACAACUAACCGAAUGACGGUUGUAAAAACUUGCAUUUGUUUGAAAAUCAAAGACGUGGCUAGCUCGGCGAAAUCAUCUGACCUCUGCUCUGAAAUACCUGAUGCUACUUUGAAAGUUCUACUUCAGUGCAUAUUUAACAAUACUGGAGGAGACAUUGUUAAAAACAAAGAUGACAGGAUUGAGAUACUGGGAACACCCACUGACGCUGCUGUUUUGGGAUUUGGGAUGUCACUAGGUGGAGAUUUCAAGGCAGAACGACAAACAUCAAAACUUGUGAAAGUUGAGCCCUUCAAUUCUGUGAAGAAGCGGAUGGCUGUUGUUCUACAGCUUCCUGAAGGUGGCUUCCGAGUGCAUUGUAAAGGUGCUUCUGAGAUAAUUUUAGCUGCAUGUGACAAAUGGAUGGGUCCAAAUGGGGAGGUAAUUCCGCUUGAUAUAGCUUCCAUCAAUCGUUUGAAUGGUAUCAUAGAACAGUUUGCUAGUGAAGCCCUUAGAACUCUAUGCCUGGCAUACAUGGACAUUGGAAGUGAGUUCUCUGCUGAGAGUCCUAUUCCUGUCGAUGGAUAUACAUGUAUAGGAAUUGUGGGUAUUAAGGAUCCAGUUCGUCCCGGUGUCAAGGAGUCUGUUGAGAUUUGUAGGUCUGCUGGUAUUACUGUCCGAAUGGUUACUGGUGAUAACAUAAACACUGCAAAAGCAAUUGCAAGAGAAUGUGGAAUUUUGACUGAUGGAGGUUUAGCAAUUGAAGGCCCAGAAUUUCGUGAAAAGAGUGAGGAGGAAUUACAAAAAAUUAUUCCAAAACUUCAGGUAAUGGCUCGAUCUUCGCCAAUGGAUAAGCAUACCCUUGUAAAACACUUGAGAACCACUUUUGGAGAAGUUGUUGCAGUGACAGGUGAUGGUACAAAUGAUGCUCCAGCACUUCAUGAAGCUGAUAUAGGACUUGCAAUGGGAAUUGCUGGAACUGAGGUGGCUAAAGAGAGUGCUGAUGUAAUAAUUCUGGAUGAUAACUUCUCUACAAUUGUGACCGUGGCUAAAUGGGGGCGUUCAGUUUACUUGAACAUACAGAAAUUUGUUCAGUUCCAGCUAACAGUUAAUGUGGUUGCUCUUGUAGUCAACUUCUCUUCAGCAUGUUUAACUGGAAGCGCUCCCCUUACUGCUGUUCAGCUUCUCUGGGUUAACAUGAUCAUGGACACUCUAGGAGCCCUUGCAUUAGCCACUGAGCCCCCUAAUGAUGAUUUGAUGAAGAGAACACCAGUUGGCAGGACAGGAAACUUCAUUACUAAUGUGAUGUGGAGAAAUAUCUUGGGGCAGUCGCUGUAUCAGUUUGUGGUAAUAUGGUAUCUGCUGACUAGAGGAAAAGAAGCUUUUCAGCUUGUUGGCCCAGAUUCAGAUUUGAUCUUAAACACCCUGAUUUUCAACUCAUUUGUCUUCUGUCAGGCUUUCAAUGAGAUCAGUUCUAGAGAAAUGGAGAAGAUCAAUGUCUUCAAAGGCAUACUGCAGAAUUAUGUGUUUGUGACUGUUCUCUCCUGCACUAUAAUCUUCCAAGUUAUAAUCAUCGAGUUCCUGGGUACAUUUGCAAGCACAUCUCCUCUCACUUGGCAGCAGUGGUUUGUCAGUGUUACACUCGGGUUCCUGGGCAUGCCUAUUUCAGCAGCUUUGAAAUUUAUUCCUAUGUGAUGAAACUGGAUCAAUCAAAACUGAAUAGGUACUUUGAUACUGAUCUGUGGACGAAGGUUACCCCAUUACAUGGUUCAGAUUUUGUGGCAUCAUUUCAAAGAUCAGUCUUGUCGUGUAAAAAAUCUGGAAGCUAUAUCCUCACUUCUAAAAGGAUGGUGCCAAUUUUUGUAAACAUUAAUCUGCAGUACAUUUCAUAGCUAUCCUAACUUCUAACUGGCGGAACUUCUACAAGGAUAUUUCUGUAGACACACUUUCAAUAUUUUGUUUGAUCUUUCAUUCUUUCGUGAAGUGAAGCUCUUGCAAGUGCUUGUAAUUUAAACAAUUUUUGCUUGAA